AAGGGAUCGGUGUUGUUGUGACCGGCAGUUGUGAUUUGUUUAUAGUUGUCCGGACUAUUAUUGAAGAUUAUGGAAAGAAGAGGAGGCAGAGGUGGUCCUUCUAGGGGUGGUUCCAGAGGCAGAGGUAGCAGUUUUGGCGACAGAGGGGGUGGUGGAUCCAGAGGUCGUGGUGGCUUCAGUAGAGGUAGCCGGGGAGGUAGCAUGGGUCGAAGUGAAAGCAGAUUUUCAAGAGAUGAAAGAUCAGACAGACCACCGUUUGAAGGACGAGGUGGUGGUAGAGGAGGUCCUCGAGGAAGAGGUGGAUUCAGCCGAGAUUUUAGAGGAGGUGGAAGAUCUGCCGAUAGAGAUUUUCGAGGUGGGCGCAUGGAUAGAGGUAGUAUCCGUGGUAAUAGAGGAGGAAAGAGGCCUGCAUCAGGCCCUCCUCAGAUGGGAAAGCGCCCUCGAUAUGAAGGAGGAUCUUCUUAUCCUGACGCCAAUGGGUAUUCAGCUCCUUAUCAAUCCUAUGAAAGAGAUCCUCCAGCACAGUCUUCUUACCAAACACAAGUGCCUUAUAGGGGAGGGGCUGGAAGUGGUGGAUAUGGUGGAGGUGAUGCUGGUGCCUAUGGAAGUAGUGGUGGCUAUGGUAGUGGCGGCGGUUACAUGUCAUCUUCUGGAUAUGAUAGUGCUGGUGGUGAUUACGGUGGAUACAGUGCUCCACCGCCUCCAGCUUCAGACCACUACGGAGAUUCUUACAAAUCGAAACAUUAUGAAGAUGAUUGAAGAUAACCAUUGUUCAAAAUCAUCAAAAAGUUUUAAUUAAUCUGUUGAAGAGGCCUUUUAAAAAUUUAUAUGAAGUGAAACAGGUUGACAGAACUGAGAGGCAGGGCCAGUUAAACUUGAGAGCUGUUAUUCGAUGAGGCUGCAAGUGCUUCCGCUAUACAAUUAACUGAUUACCUAGUCAAUUAAAUC